AUGAAUCGUUCUCGUACUUCGACUCCAAUCAAGAGCCCGAAGAGAGAAGCAAAGCCUAUUCAGAAUGUUGAAGAGGAAUUUUGCAAGAGAACUCUUAAUUUAAUGACCGCUUUUUACGAGAAUUUACCAAUUGCAGAAAUAUUAAACUUCCCUCCUGUAGAGAAAGUUGAAGUUCCUCAGGAAAAGAAAUGUCAAUUUAAUUCUUCAAUUGUUGAUCUCCGUCUUAAGCGCGCCCAAGAAAACCAGCAAAAACUUAUUCGCGAAUAUAACGAAAAAUACGAUUCUCAUAUUAAUGAAGUAAAAGAGAUGCUUAAGUCAUCUACAUCAACUUUGGAUGAUGUUUUCCAUUCAGAGCCUGUUGACAGACCACCAAAGCCACUUUAUAUCAUGAAUGCAGAGAAAGAUAAAGAGGCUGAGAAAGUUAUUAAGAGAAGAUAUAUGAAGAGCCUCAAUAUUCUCAAAAUGGAACCGAUAAUGAAAGAAAGAUUACAAGAAUCAGAAAAACGUGGAAAGGAGCGUGCAGCUUGGCGUGUUAAUAGGAUGAGUAAAGUUAAUAAUGAGACCAAGCAUGCAGAUCAUUCUCCACAUCCAUGGAAAGGAACUAGUACAUUAAAAGAAAGGGAGUUGAUCAAAUACAAGCCUGAUGGUGGCUAUCCAGUUACAAAAAAUAUGAAUAAGACCAACAAUUCAGUAAAUGUUCAAUCUGAUGAAGAAUAUUAA